AUGGACCUGUUCAAGAUUCUGGACACUGUUCCAGAGCCAGCCAUUGUGGACCCUCGAACGAUGGGAGUCUCAGGCGACGUCUCAGGCGAUUACUGGCUUCCAGCACCAAUGUGUCUAUAUCAGAAAGAGUUGAGCGAACAAAUCGUGUCGUUGCACUACUCUGACAUUCUGAAGUACUUCGAAACAGAGGAUUACAACACGGACGUGGUGCUGCAUUCCAUGGAAACUAUGUGUCUUAACAGUCAGUACGUCGCGACACACCCGUAUCUGCUGAUAGACCAUGGAGUGCCCAAAUCUCUGAUAACCAAAGACAUCCCAAACCACCUUGCCGAAACCAGUGGGAAAUUUGGAGUUCUCAAGGAUCUGAUCAGUAUAAUUCAGGAUUAUCAAACGGAAACGGCGUUAUUUUGUCGUUCUGGAAGAACAAUGGAUCUGCUCGAGGCUCUUUUGCUGGGCAACAAGGUAAAUAUCAAACGCUACUCGGGACAGUGCAUCAAGGUCAAGCAGAAACCCAAGAAAAAUUCCUGUACAUGCCAUCUUUUCCCGUCUGACGAUCUGCCCGAUAAUUCGUCCAAUUUCGUCAUUGAUCCUGCCAUACAUUUUGAUCUUCUGUUGUGUUUGGAUCCCUCUGUUGACACUUCAAAACCGCAUGUGCAGCAGAUUCUCACGCAAAAUAGACCCGUGGAAGGACCAGAACAAAAAGCCCCUGUGGUGCGACUCACGACCAUCAAUUCCAUCGAUCAUUGUGAACUCUAUUACAGCAAGUUCGUGAAACCGGGAAGCAGGGAUUAUCUUGUCAAAGUAACCGCUGCAGUGGUGGCUCUCCGUGAUGUUGUCGGAACCUUGCCACCGGAUCUUCGUCCAAUCUAUUCUCAAGGCUUAAAAUACAUGCUUGCGUGGCUUGAAGAUCCUAGCAUACCAUGGCCUUUACCAGACAUAUACCCUAUAAAGACCUAUACUCCCAUGGAUGUUGAAAAGUCUUUGCUUACUGAGGUCCACUACAGUCAAGUUGACGAUGUACUUGCCCAGGCCCUCAAAAGUAGCCGCAAGCGUGGCCGCAAGCCUAACUCCGCCUUUCCGAAAGAUACUCAAAGCCCGUCCUAUUAUCAAUUGAAGAGACUCAAAAACGACUAUUCUACAAACUCUUUGAAGCAAGAUAUGGCAGAACUCACGGGUAUAGCGAACGCCAAGAAUGGCGGCGCUGUAAACUACCAUCUUUCGGGUGGCCAUCUCACCCACAAACUCAUACAAGCCAUCGGCGAAUCUUAUUACAACCUACGGAGGCAAGCGGCUGAGUUGAACGACUUCCGCAAAGCAGAGCUCAACCAAGAGAAUCGCACCAAAACUUACCAACAAGAGCACGAUGACAUAAAAGCUAAAGCACACGACGCGAUGAAAGUGCACCUAAUGAAUAUACAAGAGAAUGCAAGGCUCAUUAGUCAUACCGAGGGCGUGAGCUUCGAAAUAAGUGAAAUCGAAAAGCAGAUCGAAAAUGUUUUCCAAACCGCCAGGGAAAAGGGACCAGAGCACGCGAGCCUAGUAGAUAUUCUGCUUCAGCUUGUUAAGGUGCGAGAAGAGUCAGAGGAGCAGAAAAAGUCAGCAGAGUCCAAAUUGGCUGAACAAAGAUACAUGUCAGAGGAGCUCACACGGGCUGAAGAUGCCAUCAAAGCUUUCCACAAAGAAGAGGAGGAACUUCUUCGAGAAACCGAUGAGCUGGAACGACAAAUUGAAUGCAAAAUCAAGGACGACCAAUCACAGUCUCAAGAAUCGCUUGAUAGAAUUCAGAGACUAACAACACAGAUCCAGGAUGAGAAAGCAAUCUUGGACACUGUUGAAAAACAAAUGGAAACGCUCACCGAGCAGCUCAAAAAAAUUUUAUUUUCAAGAGUUCGGUCGACAAACCAAGCGCAGACCCCCAGGCAUAAGAGCCAGGUAAACUCGAAAAGUUAA